AUGAAGUCUCGCAUGCUGCAAAGAGUACAGCUACGGGCGUCGACCGCUACCGUCGCCAGGUCGCGCGUCGCCGCCCUUGGCUCAGUGCGCGCCGCCAGCAGCGUCUCGCAGCGUCCCAACUCGGAGUUUGUCCAGUUUCCCGGCGCACUCAAGAGUGCCUUCACACACAGCCUCAAUUUCGAGAACCCGGAAUCGUACAAGGCCCUGCCGACGUAUCGGGUAGUCGACCAGCACGGUGUCGUUGUGGACAGCUCGUUUGAGCCGGACAUUUCGGAGCAACAGGUCGUCAAGCUGUACAAGGAUAUGCUGUUUAUUUCCAUUAUGGAUCUCAUCAUGUUCGACGCCCAGCGACAGGGCCGUCUCAGCUUCUACAUGGUCAGCGCCGGCGAGGAGGCGGUGAGCGUGGGAACAUCCAGCGUACUGGAUCCCGAGGAUGUCGUCUUCUGCCAGUACCGUGAACAAGGCCUGUUUAAGGAGAGAGGUUUCACAACCAAGGAAUUCAUGUCACAAUUAUUCUCCAACAGAAAUGACCCUGGCAAGGGCAGAAACAUGCCUAUUCACUACGGCAGCAAGAAACUCAAUGUCCACACCAUCUCAUCACCUCUUGCCACACAGCUGCCGCAAGCCUCCGGCGCUGGAUAUGCUUUGAAGCUGCAAAAGUUGCAGAACCCCGAAUCCAAGGCCCGCGUGUGCGCCGUCUUCUUUGGCGAGGGUGCUGCCAGUGAGGGUGAUUUCCACGCCGCCAUGAACAUUGCUGCCACUAGAUCAUGCCCCGUCAUCUUCAUCUGCCGUAACAACGGGUACGCGAUAUCUACCCCAACAUUAGAGCAAUACCGCGGUGACGGCAUCGCCAGCCGCGGCAUCGGCUACGGCAUCGACACCAUCCGCGUCGAUGGCAACGAUAUUUGGGCCGUGCGCGAGGCGACCAAGAAGGCGCGCGAGCUGGCGCUCCAGGACGGUGGCAAGCCUGUGUUGAUCGAGGCCAUGACCUACCGGGUGUCGCACCACAGUACGUCGGACGACUCGUUUGCGUACCGGGCGCGCGUCGAGGUGGAGGACUGGAAGCGGCGCGACAACCCUUUGACGCGGCUGCGCAAGUGGAUGGAGACCAAGGGCUAUUGGGACGAGGCCAAGGAGAAGGAGGCGCGGGACGCACUGCGCAAGGAGGUGUUACGGGAAUUCAGUGCGGCAGAGAGGGAGAAGAAGCCGGCGAUCAAGACCAUGUUCGAGGACGUCUACGACGAGCUGACACCGGGCUUAAAGGCGCAGAUGCAGGAGCUGAGGGAGCUGAUCGAUAACUACCCAGAUGAGUACGACGUCGGCGAGUUUGAGGGUGGCAAGGAGACGUUGAAGUCCUGA